AAAAAAAAAAAAGCAGAAAAAAAAGAAAAAGAAAUUUGUCGUUGGAAAGCGCUGGUUAACUAUGAGAGAGAGAGCGUAGUGAGUGACAUAGCGGCGGUUUACGUCUUGAUGUAAAAAAAGUCGAUUUGGAAGAAACUAUCAGAAGAAGAAGAAGAACAAGGACAAUUAACCCUGACAAUCUAUUCAACACAUUCCAAUUAUUAACUUAGAUUGGAACUCAUUGCUGUUCAUCCCACCUGCUAGAUUGUUAAUUCAUCCAUCACAUCACAUCUCAUCUCAUCAUCACUACUUUCUCAAUCCAUCAUACUGAUUUGUUGAGUUGUAAAAAAGGUUAAAGACAGUUCCAGAUCAAUUUAUUUACAACCAGAUCUUUCACCAUAUCCUAGUUUUUCUAUUUUAUAUUCAGUUAUAAAGUAUCAUCUUAUCAAGAGCUCAUUUGUCUACUUGAAUCCUUCAUCCACUUAGUUUGUUACCUAAACUAACUUUAUUUAUUCUAAAAUGUCGAAAACUACCGAAUUUUUUUGCCGUUUACCCAAAUCUAUUGAUUUAACUCAAGAUUUAGACGAUAUCACUCCAUUACCAAAAGCUAAUGAAGAAUGUCGUGCUGCAUUAUAUUCUUCCAAUGGGAAAUAUUUUGCUUAUACUCAACCAAAUGAUGUUAUAAUAUUAAAUACCGAAUCCAAAGCCAACGUUUUCUUUAAAAUCGAUUUAAAAGAAGUAUUUGAUAUUUAUUUUUCACCUCAAGGAUCUUUCUUAUGUUUAUGGUGUAAACCAAUUUUAACUGAUAAAGAAAGUGGAAUUUGGAAUAAUAAUUUAAAGAUUUUUAGUUUAAAAACAAAAUCAAUUAUAAUUGAAUGGUCUCAAAAGAAUCAAAGUGGUUGGAAACCUCAAUUCACUGCUGAUGAAAAAAUCAUUGCUAAAAGCUUUUCAAAUAAUAAAGAAAUUCAUUUUUAUGCUAUUGGUGAAGGUGAUGCUACUAUUAAUGUUAAUCAACCAACUUUUAAAUAUAAAGUUGAAGAUUCCAAGAUUCCUUAUCAAAGUUUUCAAAUUUCUCCUGGUUUAAAUCCAUCCGUAGCUAUUUUUAUUCCGGAAAAGAAUGGUAAACCAGCUAAUGUAUUAAUUUAUAAUAUUCCAAAUUUUCAACAACCAAUUUGUUCUAAGAAUUUCUUUAAAGCUGAAAGAUGUCAAUUAAAAUGGAAUUCAUUAGGAACAGCUUUGUUAGCUUUAGCUUCAACUGAUCAUGAUUCAACUAAUAAAUCUUAUUAUGGUGAAACUAAUUUAUAUCUUUUAGGUAUAGCUGGAUCAUAUGAUUCAAGAAUUGAUUUAAAACGUGAAGGUCCAAUUCAUGAUAUAACUUGGUCACCAUCAGCUCGUGAAUUUGCCGUUAGUUAUGGUUAUAUGCCAUCUGAAACUACAUUUUUUGAUUCAAGAGGUAAUGCUAUUCAUUCUUUACCAACUGCUCCAAGAAAUACUAUUUUAUAUUCACCUCAUGCCAGAUUUGUAUUAGUGGCAGGAUUUGGAAAUUUACAAGGUACAGUUGAUGUUUAUGAUCGUCAAAAUAAAUUUUCAAAAGUUGUUACAUUUGAAGCUGCUAAUACAUCAGUUUGUGAAUGGUCACCAUGUGGGAGAUUUAUUUUAACUGCUACAACAGCUCCAAGAUUAAGAGUUGAUAAUGGAUGUAAGAUUUGGCAUGCCAGUGGGAAAUUAAUUUAUUUAAAAGAAUAUCAAGAAUUAUAUCUGAUUGGUUGGAAACCUCAAGAUAUAACUCAAUUCCCUGCUUUAAAACAAUUAGAACCUUGUCCACCAGCUCAUGAAUCAACUAAUGAAUAUUUAGCUAAACGUGCUUUGGCAACUGCUACUGCUGCCACUAAACCAGCAGGUGCUUAUCGUCCUCCACAUGCUAGAAAUUCAGCUGCAUCUUCAUCAUCAACUUCAUUAUAUCAAAAGGAAUUAUUACAAAAGGGUAUAUCACCAGUAAGUUCAACUGUUCCUAUCCCACAACCUCAAAAGAAUGGUAUUAAUCCUUCAAGUGGUAGAAGUAGAGUUGUACCUGGAGCUGCUCCAAUUGAAGUUAAAGAAAGUAAAAGUGCUAUUAAGAAUAGAAAAAAGAGAGAAGCUAAGAAAUUAUCAUCAUCAACUUCAGGAUCAUCAAUUGCAUCUCAACUUGAUGAAUCCAAUUCUCAAACUUCAACUGCCCCAACUACUCCAACUCCAUCAACUCCAGUUGUUAUUGAAGUUGCUAGUGUUGUUGGAGGAGUUAUUUCAUUAGAAGAAAAGAAAAUUAGAUCUUUAUUAAAGAAAUUAAGAGCGAUUGAACAAUUAAAAAUGAAACAAGCUACUGGUGAAGCCUUAGAAGAUACUCAAGUGAGUAAAAUUAAGAAAGAAGAUGAUAUUAGAAAAGAAUUGAAUGCAUUAGGAUGGAAUGAAUAGAUAAUUUGUUGUUUCGCUUUGUAUUCUUAGUAUUCUUUCUUUCUUUCUUUAUUUCUAAUUGGGUUUUGAUCUUGUAAUUCUAGUUUUCCCCCAUUUUUUAGUUUAGUUUACUUAUAUAUAUAUAGUUAUACAUUAUGCAUACUUUCAUUUUUUUAGUAUAGUUCUUUGACAGAUAUAGAUUACAUUUUUUUUUCUCACGGUACAAUAUAAUAAACAAAAAGUAUAUAAUCA